AUGUGUAUAUUUUUUUUUAAAAUGGCGGAGUCAACCAAGUUCUCUUAUAAUUGUGGAUUAUUUUAUAGCUCAUGUAUAUUUGUUCCUUCAAUUGACAUGCUGAAUCAAAACAACUUUAGAGUUGAGGAGAUGGGUCAAGCACUGGCUACUUUGGAUUGGUGGAACAAUGGGACAAACCACUUAUUGUUUAAUAUGUUACCUGGUGGUCCUAUGGAUUAUAGCACUAUACUUGAUGUCAAAACAGAUAAGGCUGUGAUUGCUGGUGGAGGUUUUUCAAAAUGGACCUACAGGGAAACUUAUGAUGUUGCCAUACCUGUCUAUAACCCUCUUGUGGCAAAAAUCAAGCUUCCUACACUUCCUGUUACAGAAACCAGACGUUGGCUUUUAAUUUCUGCACAACCCGGCUUACAUCGAGAGUACAGAGAAGAACUAAAUCAUUUAGCACGUGGAGAUGGACGCCUUUUAUUACUUGAUCGAUGUCCUAGUGAAGAAAAACCUUGGAAUUUUUCACAAAGAUGCCGAGAAUCAGUUGUGUAUGAAUAUCCUCAUAUAUUGCAGAAUGCCACAUUUUGCUUGGUUAUUCGUCGGGCCCGUUUAGGACAAACAGCUUUUAGUGACGCCUUACAAGCUGGUUGUAUUCCUGUGGUGGUAGCUGAUGGAUAUGUGCUACCAUUUUCAGAAGUUCUUGAUUGGAAAAGAGCUGCUCUUGUAGUUAGAGAAGAUAAUCUUGGUCAAGUGUUGAAUAUUGUUAAAGGCUUUUCCAUGGAACGUAUUUAUGAAAUGCGUCGUCAAGUUCAGUUUUACUGGGAGAAUUACUUCAAAUCCAUUAAAGAUAUUACACUAACUACCUUGCAAAUAAUUAAUGAUAGAAUUUUCCCUUAUGCUGCUCGCAAGUACGACCAGUGGAAUGAACCGCCAUCAUUUGGUGCUUCCAAUCCACUUUUUUUGCCUUUGAUAACUCCUCAGUCUCCUGGUUUUACUGCUGUUAUUCUAACAUACGACCGUCCAGAGUCACUUUUCAAUGUAAUCCAGCAGGUUGCACGUGUUCCAAGUUUAGCCAAAGUUUUGGUUGUGUGGAAUAAUCAAAACAAAUCUCCUCCAGUCAAUUGGCCAAAAAUUAACAAACCAUUAAAAGUUGUAAGAACACGGAAGAAUAAAUUAAGCAACAGAUUUUUCCCUUAUACUGAAAUAAAAACUGAUUGUAUCCUUGCAUUGGAUGAUGACAUUGUUAUGUUGACAGCUGAUGAGCUUGAGUUUGGAUAUCAGGUUUGGCGAGAGUUUUCUGACCGACUUGUUGGCUUUCCUUCUCGUGUUCAUUUGUUAGACAAUUUUACACAAAAAUGGAAAUACGAAUCAGAAUGGACCAAUGCUAUUUCAAUGGUACUUACUGGAGCAGCUUUCUAUCAUAAAUUCUACAAUUAUCUUUAUACAUAUUCAAUGCCUGGAAAUAUCAAAGUCUGGGUUGAUGAUCAUAUGAAUUGUGAAGAUAUUGCUUUCAAUUUCCUCAUUACUAAUGCUACAGGAAAAUCUCCUAUCAAGGUGACUCCACGUAAGAAGUUCAAGUGUCCAGAAUGUGUAAAUAAUGAAAUGUUAUCAAUGGACCUUACACAUAUGGUGGAACGAUCCGAAUGUAUAAAUCAGUUUGUUGCUACUUAUGGGACUGUUGCUCUCCGAACUGUAGAGUUCCGUGCAGAUCCAGUUCUUUAUAAGGAUAACUUUCCUUCAAUUUUGAAAAGAUUUACUGAUAUUGGGAGUUUAUGA